GGUGGGGGCGCUAAAGUGACAGUCUGGAUACCGAGUGCUUAAUUGUAGAAGAAGAAGACGUGGAGGACCUCUGAUUGACUGUUUCCAAGGAGACCACCGAUACUAUCAAGUGCUGGGCUGCUGCUGGUCAGUGCCGAGGGGUAAAGAUUGUCAAGAUGUCAUUUUUAUUUGACUGGAUCUACAGGGGAUUUAGUAGCGUUCUACAGUUCUUAGGUCUUUACAAAAAGACGGGGAAGCUGGUUUUCCUGGGCCUGGACAACGCUGGUAAAACAACACUACUGCACAUGUUGAAAGAUGACCGACUUGGCCAACACGUACCCACACUACAUCCAACUUCUGAAGAGCUGUCAAUUGGCGGCAUGACAUUUACUACAUUUGAUCUGGGAGGACACGUACAAGCUCGAAGAGUUUGGAAGAACUACCUGCCAGCUGUGAAUGGAGUCGUCUUUCUUGUAGACUGUGCAGAUCACGACAGACUCACAGAAUCCAAGACUGAGCUCGAUGCUCUCCUAGCAGAUGAAACCAUAGUGAAUGUACCGGUGUUGGUUUUGGGGAAUAAAAUUGACCGUCCUGAGGCCAUCAGUGAAGGUGGACUGAGAGGAGCUUUUGCUCUUGACGGGCAAGUUACUGGAAAGGGAAAUGUCUCUCUGAAGGAGCUGAACGCCCGACCGCUGGAGAUUUUCAUGUGCAGCGUUUUGAAAAAACAAGGCUAUGGGGAAGGUUUCAGAUGGCUAUCACAGUACAUCGACUGACACGCAGGACUCAACCCUCACCGGAGGGUAUUUUCUCAACACAUUUUCGUCAAGCAUGACAAAGAAUUUGCCUCAUGUCGAUCAUCCCAAAUUUCCAAUCAUAUUGUUAAGAUCAUAUCCUUUUUAAUACCCAAAGCAUUUAGUGAGUGUUUCUAUGCAAACUUGUAAAAGUGGUUCAUGGUGAACUGUCCUACGUGUUUUAUUAAUGUGAGAGUUAACUAAAUUGUCUAAGUGCAUGGCAUGUCAAUAGGGUUACAUCAUACCUGAUUACAAUACAUGAGCAGCCAUACAUUAUGCAAAAAUGUAGAUAUGUGCACAUCAGUGUUGCAUUUAUUAUUAUGAAAUAGAUCAACUGCUUGAGUUGGAAUUUAUUAGUGAGUGAGUGAUGGAAAAUUAAGGACUCGUUGUGAUUGUGGUGGGUAGUUUAAUGCUUGUCUGACAUCAGAUUGGUUGGGUUAACAUUUUAAAACGAUUAAUGAGACAAAUAACUCCUCACAAAAGACACCAAAAAAAAAAAAAAACAACCUCCAAAAGAUUCAUUAUAGUUAAUUUAAUCUGAUGAUACGCAGUUUCUGCCUUCAAAGCAUAUAGCCAAAGAUGUACGUUAAUGACUUCAGGAUUAGCAGGGAGAGAGAUUUGGACUUCAACAAAAGAGCUAAAAUAUCAUCAAAUCUCCUUGAGAAGCCAAAAAAAGACGGCACAUCCCAUGAAUGAUGGAGUCAACUGAGUCAAACUGCACAGCUCACUGAUGACUGUGCUGUGAAUAAUGUGCUGCUGUCUUUAUGUAAUUGGUUGGUUUAUUUUUGUUAUAAAGACAACAUCAUUUCCUGUAUUUGUUGACCUAAAGUGAUGUUACAUGUUGCGCUGAAGGCAGCUAAUUUGAAGAUGUGUUUAGUAUGGACUGAAACAAGUUAAAGAUGUCUUCGUUGUCUUUGACUUUGUGAUGUUCAGUACAGAACUCAAAGAUAAAAUGUUAAUACAGAAGUUGUAUUACUUUCAAUGGCUGUCCAUGAAGGCAGCAAUAAUGCAUUGCCCUUAAAAUGUCAGGAAGCAAUAAAGUAGAAUAACCAAGUGUAUGUAGCAGAGACAAUCUCACUCGACCGCAUUUCAGAGUAGGAAAGAAUACACAUACAUAGUCUGAGUCUAUUUAUUGAAAUCUGUUCACUUUGAAGCAUCAAUAUUUUAAAUAGGAGAAUAAAAUGAAUAGUUAAUUUAAUUUUUUAGUUUAUUCUAGAGCCUGAUCCAUAUAUUGGCAUGUAUUCAGCAUGUAAACUGUGCAGGUGCUGCAGGUAAUGUACUUUUUGACUAUCUGUAAAGAUAUGAGAGUGCUCUUGCACCACUUAAUGCAUCAUAUUUUUUGAGCCGAUGCAUGUAUGUGCACAGUAUAUCCUCAUUAUGAGAAACUGUGAAACAGAAAAUGGGGAACAGAAACAUGUGAUCACUGUAUUCCAUUUAGUUUUUCUUGCAUCCCAUGUUUACAGGGUCAUAUUUGGAAUAUUCUAUUAAUUAAUAUAUGCAGGGCUAUUUGUGGCAUAUAGAGAUAUAAAGAUACAAAUGAAAGAUUUUAUACAGGGAGUCUUGAGUGUUUACUGAAGUAUAUUAUGCAUGUCAACAAACUGCUUUUUCUUUGAACAGUGUUCUGCACUGGCCGCUGAACUCCUGUAAAUUAUGUAUAAUACAGAUGUAAAUGUUUGUACAGUAACUGCCCUUUCACUGACACCAUAAACCACUGGAGGUAUUUAUAAAUAACAGACUGUAUUCAUGUGAACAACUUGAAUGAGUAUUUACAGCAAAAUAGUUUCAACUUGGAUGACAACAUCCACACAGAAAUAUGAGGAGGGUUCAAAUGCUGUAAUAAAAUCAGCCUUUUUUAGACUCAA